AUGCUUUCUAAAGAAGCCUCCUGGCAGGAACUGAAAGCUGAGAUGGAGAACUACAAAGAGAACAACGCGAGAAAGUCAUCUCUUCUCAGCUCUCUGAGAGACAGGGUCCAGGAGCUGGAAGAAGAAUUGGCAGCCCUGUCCGCCUCCAAAAUGAGGACCGAAAUCACGGCUCACGCCGCAAUCAAGGACAACCAGGAGCUAAAGAGGAAGGUGGCAGAACUAGACGAGGAAUUACAAAAGUGUGUAAAGAAAAACGAGGAGAAUAAGAAUCAGAUGUCGAAGAACUGCAAGGAACAUGAGGAAUUUCUAGCUUGUCUCCGGGACUGCUUAGAUCCGGAUAAGAAGAAUGAAAGGAUAUCAGAUGAAGAUUUAAUUCUAAAGCUCAGGGAGCUGUGCACGGAAAACACGUCCCUGAAAGGACAGCUUGUUACUCUUGAAGAGGCCGUGAAUGUCCAUGAGGUGGAGGCCAAAGCCAGCCGAGAAACCAUCAUGCGGCUGGUUUCCCAGGCCCACAGGGAGCAGAAGAGAGCCGCCUCCUGUGCCCAGGAGAGAGCCGGGCUGCAGCAGGACUUGCUCAGCGCUGUAGAGGCAAAGGAAGCUCUUGAAAGGGAAGUGCAGACCUUCCGAGAAAGGCUGCUUGCAGGCCAGCGGGCCUGGGAUGCUUCCAAGCAGGAGCUGAGCCUCUUGAAGAAAGAUUCCUGCGAGCUGGAGAGAAGGUUGAAGGCCAGCUUGGAGGCAGCCGAGGCCUCCCAGAACCAGCACACCUCCUUUAGGGAGAAAAUCGCAGUCCUCCUUAGGGGCAGCCUGGACAUGAUUGGGUCCACAGAGGAGGCCAUUCUGGAGAAGAUUCGAGAAAUGGAUAGCCAGGAAGAGAGCCAGAAAAGGAUGGUUUCCCAGCUUGAAGCCCAAAUAUCUGAGCUUGUUGAGCAGUUGGAAAAUGAGUCUGGGUUUCACCAGAAAGCUCUGCAGAGAGCCCAGGAAGCCGAGCACAAGCUGGAGGCUCUUCGGGGUCAGCUGACACACCUGGAGGGGGAGCUGGUGUCUGGAGAUGUUUUGCGGGACAACUUGAAUUUUGAGAAACAAAAGUAUCUUAAAUUUCUGGACCAGCUCUCAGAGAAAAUGAAAUUGGACCAGAUAGCUGCUGAACUUGGCUUUGACAUGCGUCUAGAUGUAGUUUUAGCUCGCGCGGAACAGCUGGUACACCUUGAGAGCAAUGCCGUCAUUGAAAAUAAGACCAUCGCCCACAAUUUACAGAGAAAGCUCAAGACCCAGAAAGACAGACUGGAGAGCAGAGAACUGCACUUGAACCUCCUCCGGCACAAGAUAGCGCAGCUGGAGGAGGAGAAGCGGUUGCGGACGGGCCUGGCUGUGGAGAGGGACGAGGCCAAUGCCGCCACGCGGAGGUUACAGAAGCAGGUGGAGAGGCUGCAGAAGGAGCUGAGCGUGUGCCGGGAAUCGAACACUGAGCUCAAAGCCAAACUGGCUGACACCAAUGAGCUGAAGAUUAAAACUCUGGAGCAGACCAAAGCCAUUGAAGACCUCAGUAAAUCCAGAGAUAAACUGGAAAAGAUGAAGGAGAAGGCUGAGAAGAAGCUCAUGUCUGUCAAGUCGGAACUGGACACUACCGAGCUCGAGGCCCAGGAGGACAAGGCCAGGGCCAGGAACACGAUAGAGGUGGUGACCAGCGAAUUGAAGACGCUAAGGAAAUCCCUGGAAGAAGCAGAAAAGAGGGAAAAGCAGCUGAUGGACUUUAGGGAGGUGGUUUCCCAGAUGCUGGGCUUGAACAUGACCAGCCUUGCUCUUCCUGACUAUGAAAUCAUCAAAUGUCUUGAAAGACUGAUCCAUUCCCAUCAGCAUCACUUUGUCACCUGUGCUGGCCUCAAAGAUAUGACUACCAGGCAAGACAGGCACCUGCAAAGCCACUGA